CCACAUCUGUAUGGACCUGGACCCCUGACUCUGUUUAUGGUACAGCGGGGGUCCCCGGUCUCUGGCACCUUUAUUUUGGGGGUCACAAGCUGAAAAGGUAGAGAACCACUGAUCUAGUGCAACAGAUGAGUACAGUUUCUCCGCAGAAUUGGGGAUGGAUCACCUAAACUCCACACUCCCUCCCACCAACCGAACAGACCUGGGCAGCAUCUUCACCAACCAAAUCCUCCCGCCGCUCUACUUUGUGAUCUUCAUUGUAGGAUUGUUCCUGAACGGCUUGGCGGCCCUCAUCUUCGUCAGAGUGCCCACAGACUCAGGUCUGGUGGUCUACCUGAAGAACAUGGUGGUGGCUGACCUCCUCAUGCUCCUCACCUACCCCGUCAGGUUGGUACCUCAGCUGGGGUUAGGCGGCUGGCGCCUCCAUGUGAUCACCUGCCGCUACACCGCUGUGCUCUUCUACUCCUCUAUGUAUGUGGGGAUCCUCUUCAUGGGCUUCAUCAGCCUCGAGAGAUACAUCAAGAUCGUACGACACUCCUCCUCUUCCUCGCCAACCUGCAGGUCCAGGUUUGGCGGGCCGCCUUUGCUGCACCUCCUGCAGAGCGUUGGAUUUGCUCGUAUGUUGGCGCUCCUCACAUGGAGCCUCCUCCUCCUCAGCGUCCUGCCAAACGUCCUGCUGACCAGCCAGCCCGCCAAUGAGGAAAAUGCCCGUAAUUGCAUGAAGCUGAAGUCGCCAUUGGGGAUUCAGUGGCACUGGGCAUCCACUUACUUCAGCGUCAGCUUGUUCUGGGUGACCCUGCUGGUCCUCGCCUUCUGCUACACCUCCAUUGGCUGCCGGGUGUACGAGUCGUACCGCCGUGUGCGCUGCAACAACAGAAACAUCAACAGCAGAGUCUGCCACAAGCUGCACCGCAGCAUCCUCAGCCUCCUGGUGGUCUUCUUUGUCUGCUUCGUACCGUACCACGUCUGCCGCAUCCCAUACACGCUGAUUCAGAAGCCCGAGUCCAACUUCAGCCUGCGUACUCGCUUCCUGUUGUUCCAGCUGAAGGAGGGGACGCUCUUCCUGUCGGCGCUCAACGUCUGUCUGGACCCCGUCAUCUACGUCCUGAUGUGUCAAACCUUCAGAGAGUCUCUGCUGAGGAAGCUGUCAGGAAGAGAGAGGAGGAGAUCGCUGACCACCGGCCAGAGUCUGAGCCGGGUUUACUUAGGAGGCGAGGAGACGAGGUCAGGAGACGUAGACGAGAGACAAGGAGGAGAGGAGACAGUGGACAAAAUAGGUUUUCAUAAAUAGACCUUAAAUACUGAUCCAUGUGUGACAUUUACAAGUCCUUUAAAAGGAAGAAACCCCUUCUGUGUGUCUUUAUAAUCAGAUUUCAUCCAGACUGACAGACUCAACAAUGAACUUAAAGGUUUGUGGAAUUCAGGAAUCUGCACUGACAUCAUUUCU